AUGCUGCAUUUCCACCACAAGUUGCCCGCGGGGGGGUCCGUGAUCCUGCUCGCCUUCCUCCUCCGUGGAUGCUCCGUGCAGGCUGCGUCUCUCCCCCGCCACUACAGGCUCCGAGGUGGGGAGAGUGAUGGGCAGCCGGCCGCCUACCCACCCAGCUCAGACAUGAUGAAAGCACUGGAGUACAUCGAGAACCUGAAGCAGCGGAACGGAGGGCGACCCGAGCCCGCGGAUUACGACGAGGUGGACAAGUUCAGGGUCCUGCUUCAGCUCGCCUCGCAGCAGGACGAGAGUCCCGGGGACCGUCAGCCUGCUCCCAGCGCGCAGAGGCAGGACGUCACCGCCGAGCAGCUGAUGAAAGCCCUGCUCCAGUCUCUCCAGGACCGGGCCGGGAAAGACGCGAACCCCGGCCCCGUUUCGGCGCCCAGGAACGACCGCCGCACGCACAGGCACCGCACCAAAGACACCGAAGUCCCCGCCACCCCGGUAGAAUACGGUAACUUCCCCAGACCCCACAAGAAAUACCCGCUGAUGUUUGAGGACGAGGAGAACACAGACGCCUCCAAGCGGGCCACGGAGGACCUGGACGAGCAGUACACGCCCCAGAGCCUUGCCAAUCUACGGUCCAUCUUCGAGGAGCUCGGGAGGAUGCCCAGCACCAUCGGAGGCCAGAAGAGAGACGUGUUCGGGGAUGAAGACGAUGAGGGGGAAGAGGACGGCUUCAGCCUGAGGAGUCAGGCCUACGACGACGUGGCCGGAGGAGAGGAGUGGGUCCCCGUGGAGGAGAGGGAGGAGACCGAGGAGAUGGUCAACGGGAGCCACGAGGAAAUGGACAGGGCGCUCGGUGAGCAGGAGGAGGCGGAGAGGGAGGAGAUGCAACGCCGGGCGAGCCAGAACCAAGAGGAGGGUGACGACGACACCAAACUGGUCGAUUACUACCUGUUGAAGGUCCUGGAGAUGAGCGACCGGACGCAGAAGAGGGAUCAGACCGGGGAGCAGAGGAAGAGACUGAUCCGCCCCUCCAUCCUCGAUCCGAGGACAGUGAAGGAGUUGCUGCAGCUCUCCCUGAAGCUCCACGUCCCUCCGCAGGACCUUAUCGACAUGCUGCUGACAGAGGAGCUCCGGAAGCUCCACCGCGACCCCCAAGCCUCGGCGGCUCGCUUCCCGACCGGCCAGGCCCCAAAGAUCAGGUACUACAGCCGCAGACUGCCGCUGAAGAGCAAGCCCGUCCCGGAGGACAUGGACAGAGAGGACUUUUUGGACAUCAUCGGCGUGGAGACUAUCAGUAACGAGUAUCCUGUGGUGCAGAGACCCGUGAAGACCGCUCCCUCCUCGGAGAGAAUCCCGGUGGCGUCCAACCCCGUUGCAAAACCCGUUCCGGUUAAGAUCCCUCCUCCGUCCGGGCGCAGGGAAAACCUCUUCUUGUCCGAGCUCAACAAAAUGCCGCUGAGACGUCAGGCUGAUGUCGCCGAUGAUGAAGAUGAAGGUGGCGACGUGGAAGACGAGGUGACUACCUACCUGGCGGCCAAAAUCCUCACAGAGUACCCAAACACCAUCACCAAGAGGGACACCCAGGCCCAGCUGAAGGGACAGUUCCCCUACGAGCUGUACGAGCGGGUCAUGAAGGACUACCUGGGUCAGGCGGACACUGAGAAGAGGCCAGUGGCCAAGAGGGAGACCGAGGUGGCCACGGAGGAGGAAAUAGAGCCCACGGAGAUGCAGGGGAAAGAGGAGAUGACGAUGGCGAAGACCUCGGCUCCACAGACCGUAAAUGAAGAGGUGGAGGAGAAGGAGCGCCGUGAGAAAAAGGUGGCCGGGAUGUAG